AUGGUGAAGAUCUUCAGAGUUUGCAAGUACAAAUGCCCCACGGUGGUGCUUCUCCUGACAAAUGGACCCAUCGUUCAGGGCUCCACUGGCCUGAGAGAAGCAGAGUCUGCUCCAAAGUUCACCAAGACUCCCACAGACCAGAUUGGUGUAUCAGGGGGCGUGGCAUCAUUUGUGUGCCAAGCUAGCGGAAAUCCCAAGCCGGUCGUCUACUGGAACAAGAAGGGCAAGAAAGUCAACUCUCAGCGUAUCGAGACCAUCGAGUUUGACGACGGUGCGGGCGCCGUGCUGAGGAUUCAACCUCUCAGAGCUCCUCGAGAUGAAAACAUCUACGAGUGCGUGGCACGUAACAGCGAGGGAGAGCUGUCAGUCACUGCGAAGCUGGCUAUCAUCAGAGAGGACCUGCUGCCAUUUGGCUUCCCCAGUAUCGAUAUGGGUCCUCAGCUGAAGGUGGUGGAGCGUACAAGAACAGCAACCAUGUUGUGUGCCGCGAGUGGAAUCCCAGACCCGGAGAUCUCCUGGUUUAAAGACUUCCUGCCCGUUGAACCCAGCACUAGCCAAGGUCGCAUCAAACAGCUCCGAUCAGAAAGUUUGGAAGGACGGCCGGGUCUUGGAGCUUUACAGAUCGAGAACAGCGAGGAAACUGACCAAGGGAAGUAUGAGUGCGUGGCCACCAAUUCUCAAGGUGUACGCUACUCCUCGCCAGCCAACCUCUACGUGCGAGAGCUUCGAGAAGUGCGCCGCGUCCCCCCUCGUUUCUCCAUCCUCCCCUCCAACCACGAAAUCAUGCCGGGAGGGAGCGUCAACAUCACCUGCGUGGCGGUGGGCUCCCCCAUGCCCUACGUCAAAUGGAUGGUGGGGAGCGAGGACCUGACCCCUGAGGACGAGAUGCCGAUCGGUCGCAACGUGCUGGAGCUCACCGGCGUGCGGGAGUCGGCCAACUACACGUGCGUGGCCAUGAGUAGUCUCGGGAUCAUCGAGGCCACGGCUCAAGUCUUAGUCAAGACUUUGCCAAAGCCCCCUGGUACUCCCAUCGUCACAGAAACCACAGCCACCAGUGUGACCAUCACAUGGGACUCCGGUAACCCAGACCCGGUCUCCUACUACAUCAUCCAGUACCGAGCCAAAGGCCCUGACAGCAAGUACGAGACGGUGGACAGCAUCACCACCACUCGCUACAGCAUCGGUGGGCUGUACCCCAACACCGAGUACGAGAUCCGCGUGUCGGCAUUCAACAGCAUCGGUCAGGGCCCCCCCUCGGUGCGAGUGGAGGCCCGGACGGGAGAGCAGGCCCCGGCCAGCCCACCCCGAAAUGUCCAGGCCCAUAUUAUUUCACAGAACACAGUGAUGGUCCGUUGGGAGGAACCGGAAGAGCCGAAUGGGCAGGUGAAGGGCUAUCGCGUGUACUACACCAUGGACCCGUCCCGGCCCAUGAAUGAAUGGAAAAUCCAUAACGUCCAGGACAGUGUGAUCACAACAAUACAGAGCCUGGUGACGUCCGAGACAUACACUCUCCAAGUCCUUGCCUUCACCUCAGUGGGAGACGGGCCCUUCUCUGACCCGGUGCACGUUAAAGUCAUGCCAGGAGUUCCAGGACAACCAGGGAAGUUUAAAAUCGGAAGGGUGACAGACACCAGCAUUGAGCUUACUUGGGAGCCUGCAUACACCAAGGAAGGCAUCAUCAACUACGAGCUCCUUUACAAACCUGUCAAGUAUGGCAGUUUGGAGAAGUUAACCUUUGGCCCACGGAAUUCCUACACGGUUGAGGGUCUGAAAGCCAACACGGAAUAUUCCUUCUCCCUGGCAGCCAUCUCAAACAAAGGCAUCGGCGCUUUCACCAACGAACUGGUGCAGAGGACAUCGCAAGCCAAACCCUCAGCCGCACCCGAGGGUGUGUCCUGCGAAAGCGCCAGCUCCACUUCGCUGAGGGUUAGUUGGAGGCCUCCGCCACUGGAGGGCCAGAAUGGCGAGUUGGCAGGUUAUGAGCUGAGGUACCGCAGAGUUUCUGGGGCAGGAGGCAAAGGUCAGGGCCAGGAGGUGUCUGGGCUCCCGAUCCCAGCCCAGCAGGAGGACGCACUAGUAGAGGGCCUGGAGAAAUGGAGCUGGUACAACAUUACCAUGGCAGCCACCACUUCUGAGGGAACUGGACCAAACAGCUUUCCUGUACUCUGCAGAACAGAUGAGGAUGUUCCAAGCGCAGCCCCUCGGCACAUAGACGUCAACCCUUUCAAUUCGUCUGCACUCCGGGUCACUUGGCGGUCUGUGUUGCCAAGGUUACGGCAAGGUCAGAUCCGCGGCUACCAGGUGCACUACAGCCGUAUUGGCGGGAGUGAAUCUCGAAAUCUUCCUUGGAUAAAAGACCUCCUGCUGGAUGAGUCUCAGAUGGAGGAGGAUGAUUCCACUCAGUAUGAGAUGAUUUUGACAGGCCUGAAAGCAGAAACUGUGUAUGCUGUGUCAGUGGCAGCAUACACCACCAAAGGAGACGGAGCACACAGUAAAGCCAAGCUGGUGAAGACCCCAGGAAUGGUGCCAGCCGCCCCGUGCCUGUGGGUGCAUUCGGGAUUAGGUCCAUCAGUAGUGCUCCGAUGGGCUCCUCCACUGGAAUGCGCAGCGUCAGGCACUGAUGGCCAGAGGCUCCCUCUGGAAAUUCUGGGCUACCGCCUCCAGUUUGGCCUGAAGAAUGCCUCCCUGGAGACGGCAAUAGAAUUCAUAAAAGAGAGAAACUUCACAGUCAUAAACCUCUCCCCGGGCUCCUCCUAUGUCUUUUUACUCUCUGCAAAGAGCCGAGCAGGUUACGGAGAUGUAGUACAGAAGGAGAUAACUGUUCCCAUCAUCCCACCCUCGGGAUACCCCAAAAUAUCGGACUUUGUAAACGCCACUUGCUGCUCCCUGCAAUUUUCCUGGUUUCCUCCUGAUAAAGAGGAGACCAACGGCGUAAUCACGGAGUACAACAUAGCUUACAAAGAGGCUGCAGGCUUCAAACCCGCAAGCGUUCCUGGCCCCUUUUCAUUACCGGCCCUUCGCGCUCCCCCACACAUGGUCACGCUACCAGCGAGCCAUUCUAGCUACACAAUACUGGGUCUGAAUCACAGCACAGCCUACGAGGUGCAGCUCAGAGCCCACAACAAGGCAGGGCCCGGCCCCUUCAGCCCCACACUGGUGUGCCGAACCCUGGCCUUUGAAACAGACGUUCCAAGGAAUUUUUCUGUCAAUCUGGCCACGAGAACCAGUGUUCUUCUGACGUGGGAGUUCCCAGAGAGCAGCAACCCGUAUCGCUUCAGUGUGGAAUAUAAUCGACAAAAGAUGGAGGUGGAUGCUCGCUUGAAGAAAGCAGUCAUCCCAAACCUCCAGCCUGACACCAGCUACGACUUCAAGAUCACGGCUCCCGAGGGCAAUAUGGGAGGCCUUCGCCACCGUAUCACCGCCAAAACAUCUCCGCCUAUAACCAUACGCCGCCCUGAGAUUGAUCACACCCGGGACACGGAGACUACAGUCACUAUAAUUCUGCCGUCACUGGAGUCUCGAACGCCUGUCAAGAACAUUUACGUUGUUGUGGUUCCACUGAGGAAAGCCCGAGGCGUCAUCAGACACCUUAAGAGUCCAGACGAAAUGGACUUGGAAGAGCUGUUAAAAGACAUCAGUCAAAAGCAGAGAGACUCUCGCCAGCAGAAGCAGGUGGAUCUGCGUCGCGCUUACAUCACGGCCCGCUUCACACCUGCCACCCUACCAGCCUUCUUCACCUUGGGGGACCAGCUGGACUAUGGAGGCUUUGAGAACCGUGCGUUGGAGCCCGGGCAGGAAUAUGUCUUCUUCAUCCUGGCUGAACUCAACUCAACAACCGGGAAGAUGUACGUGGCUAGCCCUUACACAGAUCCAGUGAUCGCCCCAGAUUCAGACCCCCAGCCCCUGGAUGCAGGGGAUGGUCUCAUCUGGGUAGUGGGACCGGUGCUCGCCGUGGUUUUCAUUAUCUGCAUCGUCAUCGCUAUUCUACUCUACAAGAACAAACCUGACAGCAAGCGCAAGGAGUCUGAGCCAGGAAGCAAGAGUCUUCUGAGUAAUGCCGAGAUGAUGGCCCAUCACCCCACAGACCCAGUGGAGAUGAGAAGAAUUAACUUCCAGACUCCAGGAAUGAUGAGCCAUCCUCCCAUUCCCAUCAGCGAGCUGGCUGAGCAUAUUGAGCUGAUGAAGGCUAACGACAAUCUACGACUUUCCCAGGAAUACGAGUCCAUUGACCCUGGGCAGCAAUUCACCUGGGAGCAUUCCAACCUAGAGGUCAACAAGCCCAAAAACCGCUAUGCUAACGUGAUAGCGUACGAUCACACCAGAGUCAUUCUGGCUCCCAUAGAAGGUGUCCUGGGAAGCGACUACAUCAACGCCAAUUACAUUGACGGCUACAGAAAGCAGAAUGCUUACAUCGCCACCCAGGGACCACUGGCGGAGACGUUUGGUGACUUCUGGAGAAUGGUGUGGGAGCAGCGGGCGGCCUCUGUUGUCAUGAUGACACGCUUAGAAGAGAAAUCCCGGAUUAAGUGUGACCAAUACUGGCCAAAUCGGGGCACAGACACAUACGGAACAAUCCAGGUAACCCUGCUGGACACAAUGGAACUGGCCACAUUCUGCGUCCGCACCUUCUCCCUCCAUAAGAGCGGCAGCAGUGAACGAAGAGAAGUGCGUCAGUUCCAGUUCACCGCCUGGCCAGAUCAUGGCGUUCCGGAGUACCCAACCCCGUUCCUCAACUUCCUGCGCAGGGUUAAGACCUGCAACCCUCCGGAUGCCGGUCCCAUUAUCGCCCACUGCAGCGCCGGCGUCGGCCGCACCGGCUGCUUCAUCGUCAUCGACGCCAUGCUGGAGCGCAUCCGACACGAGCGCACCGCCGACAUCUACGGCCACGUCACCCUGAUGCGCUCGCAGAGGAACUACAUGGUGCAAACGGAGGACCAGUACAGCUUCAUCCACGAGGCGCUGCUAGAGGCAGUGGCCUGCGGGAACACGGAGGUGGCGGCCAGGAGUCUGUACUCGUACAUGCAGAAGCUGGCCAAGGUGGAAAGCGGCGAACACGUCACAGGCAUGGAGCUGGAGUUUAAGCGACUGGCAAACACCAAAGCCCACACGUCCCGCUUCGUCACAGCCAACCUCCCUUGCAACAAAUUCAAGAACCGGCUCGUCAACAUCAUGCCCUACGAGACAACCCGUGUGUGUCUCCAGCCAAUCAGAGGCCUGGAGGGUUCCGACUAUAUAAACGCCAGCUACAUCGACGGUUACAGGCAACAGAAAGGCUACAUCGCCACCCAGGGUCCGCUGGCAGAGACCACAGAGGACUUUUGGCGGAUGCUGUGGGAGCACAAUUCAACUAUUGUGGUCAUGCUCACUAAACUGAGAGAGAUGGGCAGGGAGAAGUGUCACCAGUACUGGCCCGCUGAGCGCUCCGCCAGGUACCAGUACUUUGUGGUGGACCCCAUGGCCGAGUACAACAUGCCCCAGUACAUCCUUCGGGAAUUCAAAGUAACAGACGCCAGGGACGGCCAAUCGCGAACAGUCCGUCAGUUCCAGUUCACUGACUGGCCUGAGCAAGGUGUGCCCAAAUCUGGUGAGGGCUUCAUCGAUUUCAUUGGUCAAGUUCACAAAACUAAAGAGCAGUUUGGCCAGGAUGGACCAAUCAGUGUUCACUGCAGUGCUGGCGUUGGUCGGACAGGGGUCUUCAUCACUCUGAGCAUUGUGCUAGAGAGGAUGCGCUAUGAAGGAGCAGUGGACAUCUUCCAGACUGUCAAAAUGCUGCGGACACAGAGACCAGCCAUGGUGCAGACUGAGGAUGAAUACCAGUUCUGCUACCAGGCCGCUCUGGAGUACUUGGGUAGCUUCGACCACUAUGCAACAUAA